AUGAGAGUCUCAUCCCUUCUCGCCACCUUGGUAGCCGUUGGCAGCGCUCUCGCCUUCUCGGCCGAGAUUCCUGCUGGCGUCCCGCGCAAUGUCGAAGAGUUUCGUGAGAAGCACCCAUUCCAGAAGCGCGGCCGGGACUGCCACCGAAAGACAUUCACCCUCCGUGCCUCGGAGGAUGAUCUGGACGAUGUGUCUGAUGAAUUUCUCGAGGGUCUGAAGCAGGCUAACAACGGCGGUACUCUGUACCUGCCUGCCAACCAGACCUUCAUCAUUGGCAAGCCGCUUGACCUUACUUGGCUCAACGAUGUCCAUGUCCACUGGGAAGGCGAGAUCAAGUUCACCAACGACACACCGUACUGGCAGGCCAAUGCCUUCCGUCACCCCUUCCAGAACUCAAUCAUGUUCUGGAAAUGGGGGGGCAAGGAUGUCAAGUUGUAUGGCGAGGGUGUGCUCAAUGGCAACGGCCAGCGAUGGUGGAACGAAUUCGCCGGUCUAGAAAUUCUGGAUCCGACAAACGCUUAUCUCCGUCCGAUUUUGUUCUACGCUGAGAACGCAACUGGUCUGGCAAUUGAGGGUAUUCACUUCAAGGAUUCUCCAUGCUGGACUACUUUCAUCGUUACAUCCAAGGACAUCUCGUUCACUGAUGUCAUUGUCACCGCCGAGACCAACAACCAUACUGCUGAGCCCAAGAACACCGAUUUUUUCGAUUCCUUGAACGUCGAAGAUGUUCGUGUCAAGCGCGCAUGGGUGAACAUUGGUGACGACUGUUUCUCACCCAAGUCCAACGCGUCCAACAUUCACGUUGACACCAUGUACUGCAACGGUACCCACGGCCAGUCCAUCGGUUCCCUGGGCCAGUACGCCGGCGAGAAGAGCUUCGUCCAAGACGUCGUCAUUGAAAAUGUCUGGAUGCUCAACGGCCAGCAUGGCGCACGUCUCAAGACCUGGGCCGGCCCUAACAUCGGCUACGGAUUCAUCGAUAACGUCACCUUCCGCAACUUCUGGCAGGCUAACAAUGAGUACACGGCCUUCAUCGACUCGUGCUACUUCAACAUCAACUCGUCUACCUGCGCAGCAUAUCCCUCGCGGAUGAAUAUCAGCAACAUUCUCUUUGAGAACUUUUCGGGAUACACCAGCGGCAAGUACGGUCGCGCCGUCGCCAAGUUGACGUGCUCAACCAACCCUAAUGCCGUCUGCGACAACAUCAAGUUUAAGAACUUCAACAUUACCACGCCUUGCGGUGGCGAGCCUGUCAUUCUCUGCGACGGCAUCAAGGGUGACAUCGGCACGCCUUGCAUUUCUUCCAACAGCACGGAGGCCAAGGCUGCGCUAGCGGCUAAGUGCACGGCGCCUUUGGCAGUAGCAACGCCUUGGAAGGUCAGACCUUUUGACAAGUAG